AUGCUGUCGGCCUCCCUCCCUCGCCGCCUCCUCUCUACUGUUAUAUCAUCAUCUCCAGCGACCUCUCCACGAAGCAUCAGCAUCAGUAUCAGCAACAGCUGUGGUUUCAGCACAAGAGGGGCGAGGAAGAAGCGCAGCUGCAUUUCUUGGACGCUGAGCGCGGCUACUCCGGCGGACAUGGCGACCAACAGCGGCAGCGCCCUGACGAAGCUGGCGCCGCUGGAAGCCAUCCUGUUCGACAUCGACGGCACGCUCUGCGACUCCGAUCCCAUCCACUUCUGCGCUUUCCGAGAUCUCCUGCAGCAGGUAGGCUUCAACGACGGUGUUCCCAUCACCGAGGAGUUCUACAGUGCCACCAUUAGUGGGGGACACAACGACGACCUCGCUAGGGCGCUGUUCCCGGACAUGGAUCACCAGAAGGCGAUGCAGUUCAUGGAUGAAAAAGAAGCUUUGUUCAGAAAGUUGGCACCAGGACAGCUGAAGGCCCUGGAUGGACUACACGAGCUGUGCGGAUGGAUCGAAGGCCGCAACCUGAAGCGCGCGGCGGUGACGAACGCUCCGAGGGCGAACGCCAAGCUGAUGCUGUCGCUGCUGGGGCUCACCGACUUCUUCCCGGUGCUCGUCAUCGGGAGCGAGUGCGACCGGGCCAAGCCGUUCCCUGACCCGUACCUCAAGGCCCUCCAGCUCAUCGACCCAUCGCCUGAACACACCUUCAUAUUUGAAGACUCUGCAUCGGGGGUCCGAGCUGGUGUGGCUGCUGGAGUGCCUGUGGUUGGCCUGACGACCAGGAACCUGGGAAGGUCGAACCCGCAGAGGCGAAUGCGCAAGGCUGAUGGGUCGGCCAUUGCGGACACUAAGAAAUGUCAUGCUGGACUAGCGAUCAGCGAUUCUUUCGCGGAGUGGAAUAGCUGUAACUGCAUUAUGGAAUAA